AUGGCAGUUUGGGUGACAACUACUGGGUCUCACAUACCAGAAGGGGCAGUGAGAGGUGGUUUUGAGGCUGACGGGCGCCCACUUUUUAUUGCCCGGGCACAAAUUGAGGGGAUCAUGACGCCUGGAAAAUGUGGAUUUCAUCUUCCAGGAGCUCAAAUCCCAUUUGGCAUGAUAGAACAAAUUAUCUAUCUGUACGAUGUUUUGGUUCAUCCCACAAGAAGUCCAGGUUUUUUCGAUUGGCGGAGAGCCUCUGAAGGGAAAGUGCCGUCUAAUGCCUACAAGACGGAUAAGGACACCUAUAUUGGUAGAGCUUUCUACCAAGGUAGCCUCGUGCCAGGGAAAAUUGCUACCGGUUACCCUCACUGGUGUGCAUACAUUGGCCAUGGAGGAAACGAAAUAAGUAUUACGGAUUAUGAGGUCCUCUGUGAGUUAAAAUAA